AUGGCUUCGCAGAUUCAUUUUUUGGACAUCAAGGGAAAAGCCUUGCUAUCACGAGAUUACAAAGGAGACAUCCCGGCCAAUACCAUUGAAAAAUUUCCCAUGUUGUUGUUAGAAUUGGAAAACACCAUCGAUGAGGGAGAGUACAAGCCGUUCAUCAACGACCAAGGGGUCAACUAUAUCUUUAUCCACCACAACAACUUGUACAUUUGCGCAUUAACGAGAAAGAAUGAAAACAUCAUGACCAUCAUCAUCUUUCUUUCGAAAUUGAUCGAGGUGAUGACCCAGUAUUUCAAGUCGCUAGAAGAAGAAAGUAUAAGGGACAAUUUUGUCAUCAUUUACGAGUUGUUAGACGAAAUGAUGGACUUUGGGGUGGUGCAGACCACCGACUUCAAGAUCCUCAAGGAGUACAUCACUCAGGACUAUUAUGCAUUACUCAAGACUACCCAAAGUCACCUCGUUGCUCCGCCUAAUGCUCUCACCAACGCCGUGAGCUGGAGGAAAGAUGGCAUCUCGUACAAGAAAAACGAGGCGUUUUUGGAUGUGGUUGAAAGUAUCAACAUGUUGAUCACCGCCAAUGGACAAGUGUUGAACAGUGAAAUUCUCGGCGAGAUUAAAAUCAAGAGUCAUUUGAGCGGCAUGCCCGAUUUGAGGUUGGGGUUGAACGAUAAAGGUAUAUUUACAGGAAACAACAACAACAAUAACAAUAAUAGCAACGGUGGUGAAGGAGAUAGCACCGAGAGCAACAAGAAUAUCGAGAUGGAAGAUAUCAAGUUCCACCAAUGUGUCCGAUUAUCCAAGUUUGAAAAUGAGAAAAUCAUAACUUUUAUACCCCCAGAUGGCGAGUUCACAUUAAUGUCGUAUCGUUUGUCGCUGGCGCAGUUUUUGCAAAAGCCCUUGAUUCUCGUGCAAUGCAAGACCAAAGUACAUAAACACUCGAGACUCGAAAUCGCGUGUACUGUUCGAGCUCAAAUUAAAAAGAAAUCGACGGCAAACAAUGUCGAAGUUGUGAUACCUAUACCUGAAGACGCAGACACACCAAAGACCAGCGCCGAGUACGGUUCCGUCAAGUGGAUCCCGGAAAAAUCCAGUCUCGUGUGGAAAUUAAAGACGUUCCCGGGAGGCAAACAGUUCUCAAUGAGUGCUGAAUUGGGGCUCCCUGCCGUGAUGGAUGACACGGAAAACAUUCUCAGCAAGAAGCCAAUCAAGGUGAACUUUUCCAUCCCUUACUUCACCACUAGCGGUAUCCAAGUCCGCUACCUCAGAAUCAACGAGCCUAAAUUGCAAUACCAGUCGUAUCCCUGGGUUCGGUACAUUACAAAAUCGGGUGAAGAUUAUAUAGUUCGUACAAGGUAA